AUGGCAGCCAUCAACCGCAGACUCACCGACCUUACGGAGUCAACCAGCUCAUCUUCCAGAUCCUCACUGCAUUCACGCUCAUCUUCGGAGUCUCUGGGCGCACCCUCCGAUACUACGGCCCCUUCAGACCAUGAAGAUAAUUGCGGCAGAGCUGACGACCCUACCGCCAUUGUAGGCUUGGCAUGUCGUCUGCCAGGAGCCCAAAGCUCAGGUAAGCUUUGGGAGAACAUUCUCGAGCAAAAAGACCUUCAGAGCAAGAUCCCCGCGGACAGAUUCACUGUUGAUCAGUUCUAUCAUCCAAAAGGCACCAAUAAGGGCACGAGUAAUGCGACUGCGGGAUACUUUCUCGAUCAGGAUCUUAGUCUUUUUGACCCAGAGUUCUUCCGCAUCUCUGGGAAGGAGGCAGAAGCCAUGGACCCUCAACAGCGAAUGCUGCUUGAGGUAGUAUACGAGGCGUUGGAAGACGCGGGUAUUACGCUUGAAGACAUCAAGGGCUCCCAGACAUCUGUCUACUGCGGGAGCUUCACCAACGACUACCGCGAAAUGCUGAACAAGGAUUUGGGGUACUACCCGAAGUACAUGGCAACUGGUGUUGGAAACUCCAUCUUAGCCAAUCGCAUUUCAUACUUCUAUGACCUACAUGGAGCAAGUGUGACCAUCGACACAGCUUGCUCGUCUUCCCUAGUUUCUUUCCACAUGGGCAAUAGGUCCAUCCAAGACGGAGACGCCGACAUCUCAAUCGUUGUCGGCUCUUCGCUCCACUUCGAUCCCAACAUGUUCGUCACGAUGACGGAUCUCGGGUUCCUCUCAACCGACGGCAGAUGUCGAGCUUUCGACGCUAGCGGAAAAGGCUAUGUUCGCGGUGAGGGUAUCUGCGCCGUGGUUUUGAAACAAAAGUCACGCGCUGAGCUUCAUGGCAACAAGAUCCGAUCCGUCAUUCGUGGCUCAGAUGUCAAUCACGACGGUGCCAAGGAUGGGAUUACAAUGCCAAACUCCAAAGCUCAAGAGAACCUCAUCAGGAAGACCUACAAGAACGCUGGACUGAGUACCAAUGAUACUCAGUAUUUUGAGGCUCACGGCACUGGUACUCAGGCUGGUGAUCCCAGAGAGACACGUGCAAUCGGUGCGGUGUUUGCUCCAAAUCGCCCGGAGCAUCUCCAUGUGGGAUCAGUCAAGACCAACAUUGGGCACUUGGAAGGUGCGUCGGGCUUAGCGGGUAUCAUCAAAACAACGCUCGCGCUUGAAGAACACACGAUUCCGCCAAACAUGUUGUUCAACAAUCCCAACCCUAACAUCGACUUCGAAAACUGGAAGAUCACCGUCCCAACGAAGGCACUGGACUGGAAGGCAUCCCACGGUUUCCGACGAGCCAGCAUCAACUCCUUCGGCUAUGGCGGUACAAAUUCUCAUGUGAUCCUUGAAGGCUACACUGCGCCUGCUGGAGAGCUUGAGGUACAACUCCCUCCAGGUUUGGCAGCGAUGGUCGAAAAGAGACCUUUUUUGCUGCCAUUGACCUCGCAUACGGAGAAAGCUGGAAAUCUGUUCAAGAUCGGGCUCUCUCAUUUCCUAGAAGAUAAAACCGAACAUUCCGCAGCAGCCCUGGCGCACAGUCUCAGUGAUCAUGGGCGCACCAUGCACAAAGUUCGGUCCUUCCUCGUCGAGAAGGACCGCGAGGACACUGUUGCAGGCCUGAACGAGUCUUUGACUUGGACGAGAUCUGAUGAGUCCAAGGUCAGACUUGGCUUCGUAUUCACGGGCCAGGGAGCACAGUCAUUUGCGAUGGGUCGACAGCUGAUUGAGCAGUCUCCGUUCUUCCGCCAAACCUUGGAGAAAUGCGACGACGUCCUUCAAAGUCUCCCAGACAGACCUGACUGGUCUUGCGUCACAGAGCUGCUCAAGACCAAGGAGACAUCGCGAGUCACCCAAAGCGCCUUCUCCCAGCCAUUGUGUACAGCAAUUCAGAUAGCGCUGGUCGACUUGUUGGCGGAGUGGGGCGUUAAACCCUCAACGACUGUGGGCCACUCUGCUGGGGAGAUGGGCGCAGCCUAUGCAGCUGGUAUUCUAUCAUUCGACGACGCUAUCAUCGCUGGCUACUACCGAGGACUCACCCUUGGCAUGGAGGUCGAAAAUGCUAUCGAAGUGCCUGGCUCUAUGCUAGCGGUCCAGAUGACUGAAACCGAAGCUAUCGCAGAGCUUGAGUCUUACAAAGGGCGCAUUGCGCUUGCUGCAGUCAACAGCCCCACCAGUCUCACUCUAUCUGGUGACUUGCCCGCCAUUUUGAAGCUCAAGGAGAGCCUUUCGAAGAGGAACGUCUUCGCGAGGCAACUUCAAGUCGACAAAGCCUACCAUUCACACCACAUCGCUCCAUUCGGUCCCGUCCUUGAACAGCUUCUGAGCAAGAUUCGACCUCGAACACCAAGAUGUCAAAUGUCGUCAAGUGUCACAGCUCGUAAUGCCGAGCCUAGCAAGAUGAAAGCCGCCUACUGGGUGGCUAAUCUCACUGGGCAAGUGAGGUUUGCGGAGGCUUUGACGAACUUGCUCUUGAAUGACAAUGAAGAGCAAAAUGUUGACAUGCUUGUGGAAAUCGGUCCUCAUCCAGCUCUCAGAGGUCCCUCAAAGGAGGUCAUGAAGUCACUGAAGCUCAACAUCCCUUACAUUGCUUCUUUGAACCGCGGCGUUCCAGACUUUGGUAGUCUGCUCUCAUGUGUCGGUCAGCUCUUCGCUCUUGGAUACCCAGUUGACCUGGCUGCUGCCAACAGCAACCUGUUUGUCAACCAUGAUGGGUCUAUUCAAAAAGCUAUCGCAGGUCCGAAAAUUAAGCUGCCAAGUUAUGCAUGGGACCAUGCCAAGUACUGGUCGGAGACCCGUGUCAUCAAAAACAACCGGCUUCGCAAGGACCGACAUGUCAUUCUCGGCGUACCCGUCGCGGACUCCGUUCACAACCAUCCACGAUGGAGAACCUUUCUACGCCCAGCUGAGCUCCCCUGGCUCCCUCAACACAUGAUCGAAGGCAAAGUCAUAUUCCCCGCCGCGGGAUACAUCAGCAUGGCUAUCGAGGCUGCGACGCGCCUAGAGAAAGGCCCAAAAGCUAUCAAAAGCGUCAGUUUGAAGGACGUUUCUUUCAAGUCUCCCCUCCCUGUACGAACCGACGACAUGGGAACCGAAGUACUUCUCGAGAUGCAGCCAAUCUUGGCAUCAGCCAAGCGGACUUCCGACACUUGGUACAGGUUCAUCAUUUCGUCUUACGAUGAGAGCGACAGGUGCGACGAGCACUGUCAUGGCCUUAUCUCCGUUGAAGAAGGCGUGCCUUCGUCGAUUGAGAGCACCGACCCACGUCCAACACUUGCACAACUUCAAAAAUUGUCCAACAGAACCACGACGAUGCAAAAGUACUAUGACCAUCUCAACUCAAUGGGACUACAAUAUGGAGAAGACUUCAGGCUUCUCUCGGGUAAUAUUGAGUCAGGACCCGGCUUCGCCAUGGCGCCAAUCACCUUCCGUCCAGAUCAAGUAAGCGCAGCACCAAGUGACCUAUGCAUCGUGCACCCCACUUUCUUAGACUCUUCCUUUCAUGUCGUCUUUGCAGGCGCAGAAGCCGAAAUAGGUCGGCCUCUCGGAGAGCCAUUCGUACCAACGUUCAUGAAGUCCAUGAAGGUUUCCGGACUUUUCCAAGACAUGAUGCAUUCAGAUGACCUCCAGCGAUUCUGGGUAAGCUCUAACACUAAGCUCCCUGGGCCUCGUGUGGCGACCAGCGACAUUACAAUCCAGUCCGAUGACUGCAGCGAGCUCAUGAUCGAAAUGCAAGGCGCAGAGUUCACAGCGUUGGGAGCAGAUAUGACAGGCGACUCUUUAGAGCGUACACUUUUCUUCCGCACAAAGUGGCAGCCAGCAUUCUCGUGUCUUGGUGGGAACACGCAACCGCCCAAGCUUGGGAGCUUGGCGCAAGUCAUGGACGUUUUUGCUCAUCAGAUUCCUGAUUCAACAAUCCUGCAUUUUUCAUCCAACGUGAACUCUGUUAAGGAUGGCCUGAGCCACCUUGGUGGCCGCCAAGGCUCAUGCCGUCGCUUCCAUAGCCUCACGCCUUACUCGUUCUCGAGAGACCUGCCAGAAAGUUGGGACACGCUGGCAAAGGAGUGGCCGGGCCUCAUUGAAGUCAACGAGCCCCAAGCUGGGCACUACGACGCCAUCAUCAUCGACGAGUCUCCUCAAAUAAAUAUCCUGCCUUUCCUCAAGCCCAAUGGCUUCGUCAUUAGCAAUGGCGUGGAGUUUGACCACCAUGAUUUGGGGCUCCUCUUCCGAAGUGGCAAUAUCAGUAUUUGGCAACACCGAGCAGAAGCUCCUGCCUCCCGCGAGCCUUUGUCUCUCAUAAUGCCGUCGGUGGUGUCUGAAAGCACAGAUGCCAUUGCUUCGACAAUCGAGAAGAACUAUGACGGCGAAGUGAACAGACUGUCUCUUCUCAGUCUUCUGGAAUCGACCUCUACACUCGCAGACAGCGUGAUAGUUCUCGCUAGUCUGGACAACGACCUGUUCUUCGACGACGUCAGUGACACCGCAGCACACUUUGAAGUUGUCCAGAAGCUACUUACAAGUGACAGUACCAACAUGGUCUGGGUAACAACUGGUGCUACGAUGGAGGCCAAGAGCCCUCAGCAAGCGAUUAUCCUUGGCCUCGCCAGGGUUGCACGCAGCGAAAACGAGAAGCUCAGACUUGUCACCCUGGACUUCACCAAGGGCUCUAAUACUAGCAAAGUCCCAACCCGCGCUCUUGAACUCCUUGAUCGGAACCUCACAGAGGACGAGUUCGCUCAUCGAGAUGGUACACUCAUGAUUCCAAGAGUCGAACGCGACGAUUCUCGCAACUCUAAAUUACCAUUCAAUGCUCGCGGCGAGGCAAAGCUAGAACGCUUUCAGCAGAGCCGGCCUCUCGCUCUCAAGAUUGGCAAGGUCGGACUACUGGAUUCUUUGGCCUUUGGCGACGAUGAACAAAUUCUGGAUGAAGAUUUGGCGCACGACGAAAUAGAGAUCGAAGUGAAAGCCUCAGCUAUCAAUUUUCGCGACAUCGCAGCUUCUAUGGGAAUCAUCGACGACUACAAGCUAGGAGAUGAGUGUGCAGGCGUUGUUCGACGAGUUGGUUACAGCGUGGGCGCAGCCGACUUCAAGAAUGGCGAUCGAGUAGUUGCAUGGCGCCCUGGGCAAGGGGCACAUCGUUCAAUCGUUCGCAACCCUGCAGUCUACUGCCAGAAGCUGACAGACAUGCCUUUUGGGAUAGCAACAUCUUUUCCUCUCGUCUUGACCACGGCCUAUUACGCACUUCAGGAUGUCGCGAGAUUACAGCCCGGAGAGACUGUUCUGAUCCAUUCGGCUGCUGGAGGUGUUGGCCAAAUGGCGGUUCAAGUCGCUCGUAUGCUGGGGGCAAACGUUAUCGCCACAUGUGGCUCCCAAGAAAAGCGCGACUUCCUCAAAAGACAUUUCGGUCUUGACGACAACCAUAUCCUAUCUUCUCGGGACACCUCGUUCGUGGAAGGAGUCUUCAGCUUGACAAAUGGUAGUGGUGUUGACGUAGCACUCAACAGUCUUGCUGGGGACCUCCUACAUGCCACCUGGAGCUGCAUUGCACGCUUCGGCCGUUUCCUCGAAAUUGGAAAAAGAGACAUCCAUGAGAACGCCAAGAUUGACAUGGACCCGUUCCGGAAGAAUAUAUCAUUUGCGUCUGUUGACAUGAUCACUGUCUUCGAGCACAACAGACCUCUGGGAGCCCGUGUCUUCAAAGAUUGCUGCAAUCUCAUUCAGGCAGGCACCAUCAAGAUUCCCGAGACAGUUGUUGAGCUUCCCUACGCUGACGCACAGAAAGGAUUCAGAAUGCUGCAAAUGGGUAAGCAUUUGGGUAAGGUCGUUCUUAUCGCUCGAGAGUCUGAGACGGUUCCGGUCCUCCCAACUGUCUAUCGAAAUACAGCACUUUUCAAGCCAGAAAAAAUCUACCUCUUAGUGGGUGGCCUUGGUGGCUUGGGCCGUACACUGGCCGAAUGGAUGGUCCGGAAAGGUGCUCGCCAACUGGCUUUCAUGUCAAGAUCGGGAGCCAGUCGACUUGAGGCAGCAGCAACACUGAGAUGGCUUGAGGCUCGUGAUAUCAAUGUCUCAAUCUAUUGCGCCGAUGUCACCGACUAUGAAGCUGUCAAAUCAUGCAUCGAGGAGCUCGGGUCCCGUCUUGGCGGAGUAUUCCAGGCCGCUAUGGUCCUACAGGAUGCCCCGUUGAACAAGAUGACGCACCAGCAGUGGCAGACUUCAAUCCGGCCAAAGGUACGAGGUACCUACAACCUGCACAAGGCCACUUUGGGGACUCCGCUGGAUUUCUUCGUUUGCUUCUCCUCGGCUUCUGCUAUUGUUGGUGCAAUGGCGCAGGCGAACUACUCCGCUGCCAACACUUACCUGGACGCCUUAAUGAGCCAUCGCCGUGGCCUAGGUCUUCAGGGUACGACAAUGAAUUGCGGUAUGAUUGUUGGUGUUGGUGCUGUCGCUGAAGAUGUUGCUCUUGAACGAAUAAUGAAGCGCAUUGGCUAUGAUGCUGUCAAUGAAGAAGAGCUGCUCUACCAAGUCGAGGAGGCUGUCGUCGCCCAGAAGGAUCACUUCCUCUCAACUCUAGGGAUCGAUGAGCAUCAGACGAUCACAGGUAUCAACUUGACACGCAAAGAUCUCUACUGGGCCUCGAAGCCACUCCUCCGCAAUCUCUACGCUAAUCUCGACAUCGAUGGCGAUGCAGCCAAAGCUUCAGUCGGGAAGCCCCUCAUGGGCAGUCUACGGGACGCUGCCGAUACGGACAAACGUAUCUCGAUUUUGACUACUGCUUUCAUCGAGAAAGUUUCUGCCGUCCUUGGUGUUGCUACAGAUAUCGUUCAGCCUGGUAACCCACUGUCAGCCUAUGGCCUGGACUCGAUCGUUGCUAUUGAGUUCCGCAAGUGGUUCACGAAGGCCAUCAACGUCGAUGUCCAGACCUUCGACGUUCUCGGCUCCAAGUCCAUCACGGAUUUGGUCACCAAGGCGGCAAGUCUGAUCAAAUUUGAUGCCGAGAGCGAGGACGAUAAGACCGGGACGUCGGCUGUUGGAGCUGCUGAAAAGGCGAGCGUUGACAAGACUGAGCAAGCCCCAGCUACUGCCACUUCUGCAGAGUUCUCACAGAUUGAGAGACCCGAAAAAGUGCCCAUGUCCACCUUCCAACGCAGGAUGUGGUUCCAACACAACAUGCUCGAAGACAAGUCAUCACUCAAUGUACCAGUGAUGUGCCAUGUGCGAGGCAAGCUCGACGUUUCAGCUCUAGAAUUAGCUGUGGGAGAAAUGGUGAAGCGAAACGAAAGUCUUCGCAUGUCAUUUUCUGAAGGCGACGACUUCUCCGAACAGAAGCCAAUCCCUGGCUUCGACUUGCACCUAAUUCGCAAAGAUCUUUCCGCAGACUCUGGAAACGACAGCAAAUCUUUGAACAAGUUCGUUGCUGAGCUCAGGGAUCAGGCGCUGGAUAUCGAGAAUGGCGAGGUUUUGCGCAUGGCGAUGGCCAAGAUCGAAGAAGGACACUAUGUCCUUGUUAUGAUCUACCACCACAUCUCCAUCGAUCGUGGAAGCUCCAAGUCCAUGUUCCAGCAAGUGACCUCUCUGUACGAGGCCGCUCGCAACGAGAGGGCGCUUGCAACCGUAUCGUCACCACGGGUUUCUUAUAUCGACUUCACACUCUGGCACGAAGCUCGCUUGGCGUCACCAGAGCUCCAGCUCAGCAUAGACUUUUGGAGGAACAAGUUGCGCAAUGCGCCAGAGGUCAGUAGGUUGCUGCCGUUCGCGAAGGCAUCACGUCCUGAGCACAUGGACACCGCGCGAGCAGUGCUCAACAUGACUCUUGAGACGCCUAUGCUCAAUCGGAUGAAGCGGAUUUGCGCUCAGACCGGCACAACGCCCUUCCAAUACCUGCUGGCAGCCUUCAGAUCUUUCCACUACCGAUACACCGAGGAAGAAGAUUUGACGGUCCUCAUGGUAGAUGGCCGUCGACCUCAUCCUGAUCUGGAAGAAACCAUUGGCUUCUUCGUCAACUUGAUUCCAAUCCGGUUUACCAAAGGAUGCGAGGUAAGCUUCGACCGUCUCCUCGAGUACACCAAGUCUUCUGCGCUCGAGGCGACCCAACACAGCACAGUCUCCUUUGAUGCCAUCGUGGACGCAGUCAACGUUGAGAAGACUCCGAGCCAUUUCCCACUGGGCCAGCUUGCAAUCAAUUAUCAGUCACACGGUAAGAUGCCAAAGUUCAAGACCCAGGACUUUGAGAUCAGCCAGAUCGAAGGCGAAGAUAUACCCACCGCAUGUGAAAUGCAGCUGGAGGCGCUUGAUGAUCCCGACAAAGGGUUGGACCUCCGCCUAGAGUAUUCAUCAACCCUCUAUGGUGCUAACGAGAUGGACCUGUUCUUCGAUAAUUUCUUGCACUAUCUCACCAACGUGAUCAAGGAUCAUCGUCAACCAAUCUCCGAGGUUGCAAUGUGCGGUCCCAAAGAAAUUGAACAUCUCCAAAACAGUUCCUGGAACACCGGCUUCACUGAGAAUACCUGGGACAAUACCUCUGUGGUUGGCAAGAUCGCCGAAAUCGCCAAGAGUGCUCCCGAAGCUACUGCUAUCGAGGAUUCCGAAGGCCAGUCUGUGUCUUACGAGAACCUCGUUAGCCAAGCACAGAAAAUUGCGGCCUCUAUUCAACAGUCUAGCGCAUCGCCUGGUAGUUUCGUCGGUAUCUUGUCGAGACCCGGCAUCGAGUCUAUUUCAGCAAUGCUAGGUACACUGAUUGCUGGCUGCGGGUACAUACCGAUGGAUCCAGAGUUUGCAAUGGACCGGUUGACAUUCAUGGCAUCGGACGCUUCAGCAAAGGCCAUACUUGUUGGUACGGGCCUGGACAAAGUGGGUCUCACCAUAGCCAAAAACAUCGACUUCGAACCUCACCUCAUUCCCAUCUCGGCUGCAAACUCAUACAAUGAGCCACUGCGCCCUGUUGAGGGGUCUUCUGAAGACCCUUUUUACAUUAUGUACACUUCGGGGAGUACAGGGACACCCAAAGGCGUUGCUCUGACUCGCUCAAACACGCAGCAGAUGCUUAGCAGUCUGCAUUAUGACUUUGGGUUCAACCCUGGGGACAAGUUCCUCCAUCAGUCUUCCAUCUGCUUCGACCUCUCAAUCGUACAGAUUUUCUCUGCCCUGACCAGUGGUGCCACUGUCUGCGUUGCAAGUCCAGAAGUUCGGAAAGAUCCUUUGCUCCUGGCUAAAUUCAUGCGCGAUGCAGAGGUCAGUGUCACCUAUAAUACGCCAACCCAGUUUGCCCUGCUCCUAGAAAGCGCAUCCGAAGACCUUCGCCAAUGCAUCAAUUACCGCGUCGCAUUCUUCGCGGGCGAGACCUUACCUGUCCGCUUGGCGAAAGCGUUCUACGACCUUAACACACCUGCCACUGCCUACAAUACUUGGAGCCCAAGCGAGUUGGUCGUUCAGACUGCUAUCCACAAAGUCGAGUACCCGGCAGAUGACACUACCAACAUUCCCAUCGGUUUCCCAAUGGCGAACUGCCGUCAUUAUAUCCUAGACUCCAAGAUGAAUCCCCUUCCAACAAGUAUGAUAGGCGAGAUCUGUGUUGGUGGAGCUCAAGUCGGCGCUGGAUAUCUAAACCGACCUGAUGCCAAUGCGCAUUCCUUCGUUGAAAAUCCUCUCCGCUCUAAAGACGAUGCAGUGAGGGGCUGGAACAGAUUCUUCCGCACCGGUGAUAAAGGCCGCUUCCUGCCAAAUGGAGAGCUGGAGUUCCAUGGCCGCAUCGCUGGUGAUCGCCAAAUCAAGCUACGCGGUUUCCGCAUUGACCUUGGUGAAAUCGAACACCGGAUUCACCGAGAAUCUUCGCACAUCGGCAAACGCAGACUUGUAGAUCUAUCAGUUCUUGCGCGACCGGGGACUGAGGGCUCGAGUUUGACUGAUGAGCGCCAAAUAGUUGCCUUUUUAGUCUACAACCAGUUCAUGGAAGCCUCUGAGAAGCAAGAUCUGGUCUCUAUGCUACAUGAGAAACUUGCCAAUCAUCUGAACUACUACAUGUUACCCAGCGGCUACCAAUUCCUGAACAGCCUCCCAGUUACCAUUGGUGGCAAGGUGGACCGCAAAGCCCUCCUCGCAGCGGAAAUGCAACUCGUCUAUCCCUCCUCCAGCUCAGCAAUAUCACCAAUCGAAGAUGCCGAACAAGACGAAGUCUUAAAAAAGGUUACCCAACUAUUCAAAGAUGUUCUCAAGCUUCCCAAAGAUCGCCAGAUCGUACCAACUGACAACUUCUUCGAGCUUGGAGGCCAGAGUAUUCUGUUGUUGAGGGCGCAUUCGAAGAUCAAGCGCACUUUCCAUGUGGCGCCUGCGCUGAGAGAGUUGUUCACUGCUCCGACGCCGUUGGAGAUGGCGGAGAAGAUCAGGGGAGCGAUUGCUGCGCAGGGAUGA